AUGCAGAAUGCCACUCAAGUUACCAUGUUUGUGCUGAAAGGUUUCACAGACAAGCCUGAACUGCAGAUCAUCUUAUUCUUCCUGUUUCUAGCAAUUUACCUCUUUACUCUGAUAGGAAAUUUAGGACUGAUUGUACUGGUCAUGGGGGAUCCCCGACUUCACAACCCCAUGUACUAUUUUCUGAGUGCAUUGUCAUCCGUGGAUGCCUGCUAUUCUUCAGUAAUUACCCCAAAUAUGUUGGUAGAUUUUAUGUCAAAGAGUAAAGUCAUUUCGCUCCUUGGAUGUGCAACACAGAUAUUUCUUGCUGUUACUUUUGGGACCACGGAAUGCUUUCUCCUGGCCGCAAUGGCAUACGAUCGCUAUGUAGCAAUCUACAACCCUCUCCUGUAUUCAGUUAACAUGUCACCCAGAGUCUAUGUGCCACUCAUCAUUGAUUCAUAUGUUGGAGGCAUUCUGCAUGCUAUUUUACACACAGUGGCCACAUUUAGCCUAUCCUUCUGUGCAUCCAAUGAAAUUAGGCAUGUCUUUUGCGACAUCCUUACUCUCCUUGCUAUUUCCUGUUCUGACACUCAAAUGAACCAGCUUCUACUUUUAUUGAGGACGCAUUCUGCUGAGGGGAGACGGAAGGUCUUUUCUACAUGUGGCUCUCACCUAACUGGAUUGUCCAUUUUUCAUGGUACACUUCUCUUCAUGUACGUGAGACCAAGUUCCAGCUAUGCUUUGGACCAUGACAUGAUAGUGUCAAUAUUUUACACCAUUGUGAUUCCCAUGCUGAAUCCCGUCAUCUACAGUCUGAGGAACAAAGAUGUGAAAGAGGCCAUGAAAAGAGUGUUUAGGAAAAAAGUGUGUUUAGGAAAAACUGGCUUUUAUAGUAAAAAAUAA